AUGGCGGUGAUGGCAUGGCUGCUGCUGCUGCUCUCCGUGUCCCACUCGUCAUCGACCAAUUGCGGCAUACAAAAAGCCAACCUUGUGGACCAGUCAGAGGAGAACCUGGUGGGCAUCGAGGAGUUCCCCUGGGUGGUGUCGGUGCAGGACGUGCUGUACACUCACCUGGCGUUCGGCUGCAUCCUCAGCGAGUACUGGAUCCUCAGCAUCGCCUCGGCCUUCCAGAACAGGACGAACGCUAUCGUAGUGGUUGGAAUAGCUAACAUGGACCCCAGAAAGAUUGUUCACACCGAGUACCCAGUUAGCACCAUCAUCCUCCAUGAGGACUUUGAUAACUACUCAAUGAGAAACAACAUAGCCCUCCUGCAGACAGACUCGGCCAUAAGUUUCGACAACCUGGUCCAGCCCAUCUGCUUCCUGGGCACAAAGCUGGAUACACCGCCUGUCUUGAAGAACUGCUGGGUGUCAGGAUGGAACCCCACAUCUGCAACAGGAAAUUACAUGACAAUGAGUAUCCUGAGGAGAAUCUCCGUCAAAGAUGUUGAACUGUGUCCUUUACGCAAACUCCGGAAAACAGGAUGCGGCAGUCACACAGAACAGGAAACCGACUCAGUCUGCUUGGGGGAACCAGGAAGUCCCGUGAUGUGCCAGCUGCAGCAGUUGGAUCUCUGGGUCCUCAGAGGCAUCGUAACCUAUGGCGGUGAUAUAUGCCCUGGCCUGUUUCUGUACACAAAGGUGGAAGACUUCAGUGACUGGAUCAUGUCCCAGGCUAAGACGGCUGGCCCUGGGCUAACCUCACUUCACCCCUGGGAGAAGUUGGUCCCUGUCCCCUAUGAUGAAUCACAUACUACAGUGACACAGACGAUGUACUCUGAACUGGGCCAUGUUGAACAGCCCCAAUCCUACUCUCAAGAACAAAGGAGAUCCACUGGGAACCCGUGGACAGAAGACAGCUCUAAAGAUGGGCGAGACUUUAGGGUAAAGGGUCUGCAGGAAUCAGACGGGCCUGAGGAUAUGUCCAUCCCGCCCAUGUACUAUGACUACUAUGGUGGGGAGGUAGGGGCGGGCAGGACUAUGGCAGGUCAGAACAGACUGCAUUGGCCUCAAGAAAGGGUCUUGGGGUCCCUUGUGCUUGUUUUCCUCAGCGCUGUGUAG